GUUUAAAUUGAAGCAAUGCCAAUUGCCAAUAACUCAAAACACCAGAAAAUGCUUUCAACAAGCAUCAAUCACCUUUCAGCCCAACCAUAUUGGCUUCUUCUAAUCUCAUCUCUUGGCUUUCUCUCUCUGUUAAACUACUCCUUCUCUCUUCUCAAUUGGGUCUACAAAACAUUUCUGAGACCACAAAAGAAUCUCAAAGAAAAAUAUGGUUCAUGGGCUCUCAUCACAGGAGCAACAGAUGGUAUAGGCAAAGCCUUUGCUAAACAACUCGCAAAACAAGGCCUAAACCUAAUCUUAGUAAGUAAAACCCUUGACAAGCUUAAAAAAGUCUCAAAUGAAAUCCAAGAGGAAUUUCCAAAUACCAAAAUCAAGAUUGUGGAUUUUGAUUUUUCAAGUGAAAUUGCAAGUGGGAUCAAACUUAUAGAGGAGGCUAUCAAAGGGAUAGAUGUGGGUUUGUUGAUAAAUAAUGUGGGUAUUACAUAUCCACAAGCCAUGUUCUUGCAUGAAGUUGAUGAGAAAACUUGGAUGAGUAUAGUUAGGGUUAAUUUAGAAGGAACAAGUAGAGUUACAAAAGCAGUUUUGAAAGGGAUGAUCCAGAGGAAAAAAGGUGUCAUUGUUAAUAUUGGUUCAGGAGCUUCCAUUGUUGUGCCUUCACAUCCUCUCUACACCAUUUAUGCUGCAACAAAAGGGUAUAUUGAUAAACUAUCAAGAUGUUUGUACGUGGAAUACAGAAGCUAUGGGAUUGAUGUUCAGUGUCAGGUGCCAUUAUAUGUAGCAACAAAAAUGACAUCAAGAGUGGCGUUCAUAGAGAAAUCAUCUUUGUUUAUACCAUCACCGGAAGAUUAUGCAAAAGCUGCAGUAAAACAAAUAGGGUAUGAAGCUCGUUGCACUCCUUAUUGGUCUCACUCGCUUCAAUGGUUCUUUGCCCAGUUGCUUCCGGAGGCUGUUCUUGAUUCUUGGCGUCUCUCUCUCGGAAUCCGCCGGAGGGGAAAGAUAGUUGCCUGAAAAUAUGUAUAUAUAGCCAUUUGGUUCAGUUAAUAUAUAGGAAAAUCUAGCUACUUUAAUAAGCUCAUUGAUUCUUAUAUUAUCAUCGACAUAUACAUGUUUUCUGGAACCAAUAUGAUAUUUGUAAGCUUGGAAACGACAUGAUGUUAAGUUUGGCAAAAGAUGGAAGAGGGUCGUUUUCACAGAAGAAAGUUUGUCUGUCAAGAGAUGAAUAUACUCUUUCUUACGGUUAAGGGAAACCCACCCUUCCUUUGUUUUUGGAUUUUUUUGUAUGUCAUAAAGUUUGAUUCACAGCAAAUAACAUCAAUAUCUAUAAAUGAAUACAAA